AUGACAGUCUCCAGCCAUGCAGAAAACCAAACAACAACCAUGGCCAACUACAUUGAGAUUCCUAUUAUCGAUGCGUUUCUCACAUUUGUUGAAAAUAAUACCAAUUAUCAAGACAACGUGAAAGUAAUGCUAUCUGGGAUACUCACUUAUUACUUCCCUGCUAACAUGGGCUAUUCUGUUGCUCCUAAACAAAACCGAAGGAACAAUAAACUUUCACACUUUCUCAUCUCUCGCCUCCAGCACCGCUUUUCAGGGGAUCGGGACAUCGUUGACCAUGCAUUGGUUCAAGCAAAGCGCCGCAUGGAUACCCCAGAAGAAUCUUUGAAGCAGCUCACAGAGGCACUUGAGGAUUCCAACACCGAGCAUGGCCGAUGCUGGGCAAUAUUAGCUGUUGACGUGCACCUUGAAUUCUAUGAAUACUACAAAGAUCUUCCUAAGAACAAGAAUCUACUGCCCUGGUGUCCGCCCGGUCAAUUUACCAACAGCUUUCACAUCCGUGAUGACUGCGAGGUAAUUGAUUGGAUGUUUAAUUAUAUGAGACAAAAAGACGAACCCCCGGCACGAUGA